CACAGCCGACUUUAAACGCGACAUACCGCAGUAUCCGGUCGCGAAGAACGAGCGGAAUAUGGUACGGUGUGCUUCCGCUGUCGGUAUACGAUUUGACACGGUUUCCAUUUAUUUGACAUUUAUUCGGCUAAGGACAUCGCGUGUAAAGUGUUUUCUUGUGCUGGAAAAAAGGAGCAAGUGAGAGUAAAAUAAAGAAGAUUUGAAAGAAGGAAAGAGUUAAUUGAAAGGAGUCAAUUUGUCAAAGCGUGCCUUCAUCGUCAAUUUGCAGCGGAAAUAAUGCUGCAUUGAUUGUUACGUGAAUUAACUGACAUCUUGAGUGGCAUUACUGUAAACAGAUAAAUAAAAAACUGAUUAUAAAGUGUCAUAGAAAUAUAGGCUUUUAUUAUGUAAAAUAUUAUAUUAUAAUUUUUACAUGUAUAAUUUUACAUGUGUCAUAUGUGUGUGUGUGUGUAAUUACUUUUUACAUCUGAUAAUAAACAUACAAGAGAACUUUUAAAUCCUCUUAAAUAGCUGAAACUUUUUAAAAGCGAAGAGUUUUCUCAGCAUUUAUUAAGUUAUUUAUUAAUUAAUACAAAUUUUAUGACAAAUUUUUGCUCUUUUUUCUGUGUUUAUAAUUUGAAGAGCAAAGUUGCCAAAUUGCAGUAUUUAAGUGGCAGCUGAAUUUAUCGCGGAAUUAGUGGAAAUUCGGAAAGCUUUGGUUUCCUCUUAUGUUAGCAGCGUGACAGUUAUCUCGCAUGCCAGCAUUGAUGUCACCCGCAUGCCGUCUCGCAUACCGUACGAUCCAUACGCGCGCUCUAUCACGUAGUCAUCGCGCAUCGUCAUACAGAACUUGUAAUGGAUGAAGGAAGCAUAUAACAACGUAUUCUUUCAAGAGAAUAUCGGGAUACCUUGCUUAAUUUUAGACUGACUUUAACUAUUGUUUAAUUAUAAAUAGAAGCGGUUAUUUGGUUUUCUCAUUCGAGGUCUAAUAUCCUUCAAUCAGCUUUUAUAUUUAUCUCGUGUAUUUUAGAUUUAAAAAAUAUUUAAUAACAUUUUAUACAUUUUCCGAAUAAUUUCGACUUUAUCACAAUUUUUAUUUGAGCUCAUUUUUAUUUUCAUUUGAACUAAAUAAAACUAUAAACAUGUCAAGCAUUAAAACUGAAGAAGUGAACGAUGAAAGACCUUUCUCAAUAUAUUAGUGUUGAAAAUGCAAGUACGAUAUUUGCGUUUAACAGGAAUUCAUCUAAUCAUUCAAUCUAAUGGUUGCGUAAUCAUAAUUUUUAUUAAAUCUUAUCUAUAUUUCUUAACCGGUUAUUCAUUUACGUGAAAAAUCGAGCAACAAGAGCGAACAUGAGGGCCGGUCAGCUGAUUCGCCCGUAGGCCUUUCUCGUCCAACUGCUCUCCGUCUCUCUGGCCUUUCUCUCUCUCUCUCUCCCUCCCGUUUUCUUCCGCCGAUGACCACCGUGGUGACAGCCCCACCCGUGGCAUCACCCUCUCUCUCUCCCCGAGGUAAUACACGAGGUCGUCUGUCCGCUGUUGGUGGAAACCGCUUUCCAAGUGGAGCCUGUUAACCCACUCGAGUCUCAGUACACUCGCCGCCUUCGUUCCCUCGUGUCGCGCGGUGCGCGAGUGCGCUUUUGCAUGCCGAGGAUUUCGCAAACGUGCGAGGCGACAUCGACCUUGGAUGCUGAUAGCCGAAUCCGCCGAUCGUAGAGUGGCCUGGAUUCCGGCGUGCCGGAACUGACUGGUCCAGGAAGAUGAAGGGAUGGUUCGACGCCUUUCGCAGCGACGGUGGCCCGACGCUCUACAGCUACAGCAACCGCACUCCUGUCACGGGUGACGUUCCCUUGGUCAUCGUGUUCGUGAUAUUCGGCACCCUGUUCACGGCUUUCCUAGUCAUAUUCCCGGGCGUCAGGAAAGAGCGGUUAACCACAUUUCUCACGGUUACCCUGAGCCUCUUCGUGGGUGCGACGAUUCAAGUGGCGCAAUAUGGCUCAUCCUGGCACACAAGCUCCGCUACCAUUGUCAGUUCCUCCUACAGCGCUUUCUCCAGGAAUAAAGUAACUGCCGACAUCGGCGGUUACAUCGGCUUAAUGCACAUCAAUAUUACGUACAGGCUGUCACCAGAAAGCGAGAAGAUGAACGGGGACGUCGAAUACAAUGAGCGUUUCUGGUGGCGAAGUUCCGGCGAAAUGACUAGUGCCUUCAAGCAGGCGCUCUAUCAAGGUGCACCGUUUCCUAUCGUCUCCUUAGCGGAAUACUUCAGCCUACAUCAAGAAGGUUUCUCUUGGGGUUCGCGAUAUCGCGAGGCUGGAUACUAUUCCUCGAUAAUGUUAUGGACCUCCUUCGCCUCGUGGCUGAUGAUGAACUUGUUACUCAUGGUAGUACCACGCUACGGCGCGUACAGCAUGAUUUUUACGGGCCUGUGUAUGUUGUUGACCAACUUGAUCUACACGGCUCUCUUACCAUGCGAACCCCUGAUAGCUCACAUCGAAGGCUCGAUUCUCUCCUUCAAUCUGGGCUGGAAUUUUUGGUUGGUGCUGUCGGCUGGUGCCGCGUGUCUCCUGGCAGGAUUCAUCAUAACGGCUAUAGACAUGAUCUUUCCUCAUCAAUUCUCGACUAUACUCGAGGUCGACUAUGACACGCCGUACGAUAGACACGUCAUUAUAGAAGAGAGCUUCGAUACGCGAAACAUUCGACGGAAAGUUCCCAAAAUUGAGGACUCUUUUGGCGAUCGAAUAAUGAGUCAACUGUCGUCCAAGCUGCAGAACAGACACGCUAAUAAAGAGGACACCGAAGGCGUCAUUAAUCGAGGAUAUACGUCGCACGAGCUGUCCGAGUUCCCGCAAGAGAUCAGCGACGAGCCCAGUAAGAGCAACUGGUCGUACCCGUUCCCACCGGCUUCGCGCAGAACCGUUAAUGGCUGAUGUUGCAGAUAGCUAUAAUAUUCACCAACAUUCCGAAGCGCCAUUAAAUAUUUCUAUAUAUUUUA